CUCUUCGCCGCCUCGGUGCUCACCGUGGCGGCCUGGCUGCUGCAGUACUGGCGUUCUACGGCCCUGCGAGCGCUACAGCGUCGCGGACCGGCGGCGGAGGAGGCCGGAGCCCGGGCGCUGCUCGCGGCGCUUCUCGCCCUCAGGUCUCUACGGGAGCAGUGGCAGCGAGCUUGGGUGCGAGCUCUCAACAGCCAGGCGCGCCGGCACGGGAGUUCAGUGCAGAUCAUAUUUGAAGAGGGUCCUCAGUUACCACAAGCCACAAAUAUAAGUUGUGUGACAUGCAAGGGACAGUUGGACCACAGCAUGGUGCUGUGCUGCCAUCUGUCAGCUGAAGCUGUGAAAUUCCCUGUCUCUGUUACUCAGCAGUCCCCAGUUGCUGUUUCUGUGGACACGUAUCAUGUCACUUUGGCUGUGCUGCAGGCUCAGGUGGAGAUCCACUUGGAGGAGAUACAGAAUGAGGGUCUCCUAGUGUCAUGGACAUUCAAAGACAGACCAGACUUGGACCUUUUGGUUCUUCCGCGACUUGAGCUUCCUGAGGAUGAAGGGAGAGCAGAUCUGUCCACUAUAAAGGACCUGAUUGAGGAUACCAUUGUCAGCACGAAGCCAGCCGUGAUGGUGAAUUUGAUGGCCUGCACAACUGGAGCCAGUGCAGUACCCAGUAAUAAGUUGACUCGAGAGUCCCUGUCUGGAGUAGCAGCAGCCCCUCUGGGUUCUAAGCUGUUGCUCCGGAAUCUUCGAGUGCUGAACUUGGGCUGCCAGGGGAAGGGAGGAACUGGGGAGAUACGCUGUGUGGUGGAGCUAGACAGCCCCCCACAGCAGAAGUCGACGAGGCCAAUGACAGGUGGCAGUGUCAAUGCUGCAGGAGAGAUGGAAUGGAAUGACGAGUUUCUUCUGGAGUUGGGACCUAGAAGCAAAGAACUGAAACUACAGGUGCUGGGGGACAGCGACGGAGGGGGAAAUGUGCUGCUGGCAUAUGCCACGUUUUUGCUAGAUUCUUUGGGCAAGCAACCAUCUGGGAGACAGGUCUGCUCACUGGCCCCGGGAGCUGGACAGUCACUGACAGCUGAAGCUGCCAUUACAUUGGAGCUGCUGUUCCAGGAGUCUCCUGCAUCUUUGAAUGCUCCACACGCCCCGUCUCUGCGAACCAGCAUCACCCCCACUAAGAAGGUGGAGAUGGACCGGACCAUCAUGCCUGAUGGCACCAUUGUGACUACUGUCACCACAAUUCAGUCCCGGCCCAAGGCAGACUGCAAACUGGAUUCACCAUCAAGGUCGCCUUCCAAAGUGGAAGUGACUGAAAAGAAGACAACAGUGCUUUUGGAGACCAGCUGUCCUCACGGCCACUUGCCCAGCGGUAGCUGUAAGUGCUUGGAAAUUUGAGGCUCUUACUGAAGUAACUGUGUUCCUUAGCCUGUUGUAGAAAGUGGCAGUCUAAAUGCAGUUCCCUGAAUUCACUUGCCUUUUCUGCUUCAGAGAAGGUCCAAGUGCCUGAAUAAAGUUGGGGGCAGAAGGCUGGUGGUGGUGAUGUGGGGGAUAAAAGACAUUCCCCUUUGACUAUCCAGUCAAUGACUACGAGUGUUUCCUUGCUCAGCAAGAACUUUGCAGGCUAUCUGGACCCAAAGAACUUUGCUCACCCUGCACUUGGGGCUCUGAUUGUGUCUGGAACAGAGCACUG